UUCUGUUUUAGCCUCCAUUCAUUCAAAUUACAUAUAGAGAAUCAAGAAAAAAAUAACACAAAACAAAAAUGCCAGUAAAACUACAGAAAACUCUCCAAAACUGCCUCUCCAAGAUCAAAAACCCUAACCCUUCUUCCAAGAAAUGGAUGUUAUCAGUUUGCAAGCACCCGAAAACCCCGUCUUUUGCGUUUGAGCGUAGCCAUAGCCAUCGAAACGACGAUCAUGAUGACCAUCCAGAGGAUCAAGCUGCGACGCUAUCCGAUAUCGAUCGUUUUUUGGUGGAGAAUUUUAAGUCUCUAUAUAUCAAAAAUGAUGGUGAUGAUCAUGAUCAUGAAGAUCAAACCCGUCGCAAGAAGAAAAUUGGAGAAUCUAAUUAUUAUAAUAAAGAGAAUAAAAAAGAAGAAGAGUAUCAUCAUUUUCAAGUCACAAGUCCUGGUGAGAUUGUAUAUGAUGACUCUCCGAGGUUUGAUGAGCCACCGCUGCAUCUUUCCGGGUCCAACAGAUUCUUCUUCGCCCCCGGUUCGUCCAGUUCGCUGAUCGAGGAGGCCCGGUUGAGUCUAACAACUAGUCCUACUGCUACCGCUCCCACCACCUCAGAUGAAGAGGGGUCAAGAUCAAGAUCAAGAUCAAGUUCAACAAGAAGUUCCGGGGAUAAUACCGAUACUAAGAACGUCAAUGCUACAGUUCCGGACGACUAUAUAGCUGUAAAGACGUAUUCGAGGAGUCCAUCGGUUGAUUUCAGGAGGUCUAUGCAAGCUAUGAUAGAAGCAAGGUUGCAAGAAAAUGGUAAGGUAGACUGGGAUUUCAUGCAAGAAAUUUUAUUUUGUUUCUUGAAUUUGAAUGAGAAGAAGUCUCAUAAGUUCAUAUUAAGUGCCUUUGUUGAUCUUGUCGUCGGUCUACGUCAAAAUUCCGAUAAAGCGACGGCUCCGGCCAGACCACGGAGGAGGAACAGUUCUCGAAGUGGGAGGAGGAAAAUGAGGGAAGUUACGUAAGGUUUUGGUUAAGAGAGAAAUUUGAAAAAGAAUAAGGGUAGGUAUUAAACUGUUUUUUGGCCUUAUUCACUUAAGGGAUCACAUGCAAAAUGUAUUAUUUAAAUAUGUGGAUUAAUAAUUCCCAAAGAACAAAAAAUUGAGAUUUUUAUAUUUUUUU